CGGGAGCCGGCAGCCCAGAACCGAAGCCAGGGGGGAGGGCGUAUUUUUCUUGUUCUGCUUAGUCCGGUUUAAUCUCGGCAGUGAAAUUCCAGUUCUGAGUGAACAUUGCACUCUGAUCCACCUUGGGAAGGAUUUGCAGGAGUUGGGUUGGAGGUGCCGGAUGGAACUGGGCAGGCCUGGGAGGUUUAAAAAGAAAAACAUUUAAAGAGCUUUCAGUUGGGGUGAAUCGACCGGAUUAGAUCUGGAGCGAGUUUUUGUAAAUUAUAUAGAACGGACCCUAUGGUAUGGAUAAUAGAGACCAAAGUGCAAAACGAACGGAACUGACAGCGGAUCUCCUUCACGGGAAAGCGAAGAUCAGGAGCAAGCGUACCAAAAGAACCAAGCCAACCUCCUCGGACACGAUUACUUUCAGCACACCUUUGUAAGGGAGAAGAGAAACGGAGCCGCUUCUUAUACGUCAGGUGAUCCAGCACCAGGCCACGUCUAGAGGGAAAGAAGAGCUCAGAGCCCACUCUCAGCUCGCCAAAAACAUACUCGCGUGUUGGAAGGCUAAUAUGCGAAUUCAAGGAGAGAGGGGCGCAAUCUAGCAGGCAACGACAGGAGAACCACCCAGAACCAGGCACGAGAGGAGAGGAGAGGAGCGGGGAGGAGGGAGAGAGACACUGCCAGGACACGCAACCCUUCCUUAGGGAAACUCAUCCUAGGCUCAAGCCAGGGAAAGAGGUAGAAGCUAAAAGUAACCCGAGUGGACUGAAUGGGCUCUGGCGUGUUGGAGCAAGAGCUGACUCGGCUGCGUGGCUGGGGAAGGAAUUGAUCUGAGUAGCCUGGAUUCCGUCAGCCUGGCAGCUGUUCCUACAUGUGGAGCUGCCAAGCUGGGAGAGAGCUCCACAGUGGACAACCCCUGAGAUGACCCAGCCAAGUGAGGCGCAUACACACACGCCCACCGCCAGUGUUCCCAUGGAGAACAAUGUAGUGGCCAUUAUCGUAGCUACCACAGUUUCUUCCUCUGUGUUCAUCGUGGCCAUUUUGGUGCUGCUGCUGCUUUUGUACCACCGAGACCCUCUGUGCUGCCAAUUUCUGUGCUCUUGCCGCUUCUUCCAGAGCCCCAGUCAAUAUGAUUGCCCUCCUCCUUACUUCAGUAGCAACCAGCGACUGGUGGGAUCGUCCUCUGGAGCACAACGUCUGGAUACGAGUGCAGCGGAAAAUCCUGGCAUACAGGGAGAUGAACUCUUCUGUGUCGGACCCCCCGGUAGCUACCAGCUCUCUCCCUGGGAGCAGCCGCGCUUGCCAAGCUAUGAGAGUGUGCGGAAGAAGGAUCGGCAGCGGGAGAUCCACCAGAUGAUUGCCGAACGGUUUGGCUUAUGGGCAGAGGUCUCCCCAGAGUUACCACCACCCUAUGAGCAGGCCCUGAGGUAUCCAGCAGCCUUAUCAGGAACUGGCACAGGUUCGGAGCUGUCAGCUGGACAGAGCUUGCCGGACAUGCUCCAAGCUUCACCCACAUACCAGCCUCAGAGGAACACAUCGGUGUAGGCCGCAAGCUGGUGCCUCAGCCCUUUUCUCCGACUGUGGCAGCUUUGGGGGCGAGGGUUUCCUUUCCUGCAGCCAGCCUGCCACACCCUCCCCCCACCCCCAAAGCCACAAUAGCUGGGCAAAACCCUCCAGUGCCACCGCAUGGCCGGACACAACCUUUCGUGAGUACUUCAGUACUGAGAAUAGACACUGGACAAUCUCCAGGCCUCUCAGGAACUAAGCCUGCAGAGAACUGCACGAUGGAAUGAAUUUCCUGGGGACACUGGCGUCUCUUCUGAAUUACCAGAGGCUGGAGGAGCAGCAGAGGUACAGGAAAUCCUGUCACUCAGUGUCAAGGACUGAAGUUGAAGUCGGUUACCUCAGGGGGGUACCUUGUGGCCCCAGGAACUGAUAAGUCGAGCAGCAACACUGCAUGAGAUUCCAUCUGUUGCUCUGUGAAUCACAAAUCCAGUGAAAGAGCAAGAUUUUUUCCCCAAAGAGCAUCCCUGGAGGAAGCUGUUCCACUUAAAAAAUACCUCUGUGAGACCUGCCAACUUUCUAAGUAUUAAGCCUCAAAUGCAAACCUUCUGGCCAUCUUAAAACUAUCUUCACAGGGCAGGGAUUGAGGAACCCAAAUGACAGAAUGAAUGUAUUUUGCCCUCUCAGUGUUUCCUUCAGCCCACUCAGAGAUGUACUCCUUGGACAAAUACAGCGGGGGUCUUUUUCUUUCAAAUGCUGCAGGGCAGCUUUGCAAGUCCAAACAAAAGAUAAAAGGUCCAGCAAAGGGCAGGAUCUGGAGCUUCUGCAAGCAACUCUUCUGCUCUUGGGAGUCCAAACAGCCUGUGGUUCUGGACCAAGCCAUAAAACUGAGAAAGGGUUAUUUGCAGAGACAUGUGGGAGGGGAAGAAGGUGGCAGCCGCUAUCUUACUUCACCGCCAUCAUUGCUUACUCAGCUUGAUUGUCUGUUGGAGCUCAGAGACUCUCGUUAAGCUUCAACCUGAUUUUUGCUAUGUUGGGUUUUUUGUAUUUGACAAUAAGGUUUUCCAAUGUUGUUCCUCAUGCUGUGGUUUGAAACUAAAGCAAUCUGAUCAAGAAAUGUGUGGGGCCUCCAGUACAACCUGCAGGCUACCAAACAAUGUA